AUGGAGUCCUUGCCCUGGGAGUCCUCGCUGAGAGCACAAAGGGCUGUGAUUGCGACUGACGCGGGUAGGGAGGGGUGGGCAGGGUAUGGGAGAGGGGGAGGUGAACGACCUCCGGCCGGGGUGGCCGCCCCCUGCGUGCGCGCACGCUUGGGGGCGAGCGGGGAGGCGAGGGCGGCGGCGGGGACGGGGAGCGCUGCUCAAGGCGCAGAGGGCGCGGCGGCCUGCGCCGGCUCACUGAUCACCCGACGGGGCCUCUCGAUCUACGCCCGCGCAGCCGCCGUCGCCCGUAACAACGCUCACACUAGAGGGCAACUCUCGGGGAGGGGAUCGUCUUUAUCACGCCUAAGCCAAUGUCGAAAUCUCAAUAAAAAAUCGCACGCGCCGACCGCGUCCACCCGAUGCAGCGUUCUCUCGGCCGAAUCUGUUGGAGCCCUUUCACUAAUUAAACAUUCCCAUUCCGACGAUAUGAAUGACGCUAUGACGCCCGCGAAG